AUGGCUUUUAAAGAGAGCGGGAAGACGCAGCCCCUAGAACCCGAGGUGGGCUUUCACCGGAUUCGAAUCACGCUCACCAGCCGCAACGUGAAGUCGCUGGAGAAGGUGUGCGCAGACCUGAUCCGAGGCGCCAAGGAAAAGAAUCUCAAGGUGAAAGGGCCGGUGCGCAUGCCCACCAAGACACUGAGAAUCACGACGAGGAAAACACCCUGUAGUGAAGGUUCCAAGACGUGGGAUCACUUCCAGAUGAGAAUCCACAAGCGACUCAUUGACUUACGCAGUCCUUUGGAUAUCGUCAAGCAGAUCACUUCCAUCAGUGCUGAGCCAGGAGUGGAGGUCGAAGUCACCAUUGCAGAUGCCUGA